AUGGCAGCUUCUCUUGAUAUUCUGGGGCUUUUGGCAGUGCUGGAUGAGUAUCCAGGAUAUCUGUUGUUUGGCCUGGUUCAACUAGGCUUCCAUAUUCUUGCUGGAGGCUCGAGUCUCCUCGAGGCAUCGUCUGAGCAUCAGCUUGUAUCUCUCCCAAGAAUCAUGAAGAAACUUGCUUUCUCUUUGUUUAAAGGCUUACUCUGUAUUGAGCAUCCAACCAUCUCUUUGCUUGGUCUUUUACAGCAAAUGGAAGAGCAGCAGCCUGUAGACGUCAGGGUCUUCUCUCAUGGUUUCAAACAAUGCAAGAAUGACUAUUCAUUGUUUGUCUUCGGUGAAGGAACCAUAGCGACAUUCCUCUUAGUCUAUGUUGAUGAUAUCAUCAUAGCUGGACCAGAUAAUACCAUGAUCAAGAGGGUUGAAGACAAGCUCAGCAUAGUUUUCAAGCUUAAGUUUCUUGGGGAUCUAAAAUUCUUUCUUGAAUUAGAGCUUGCAAAAUCUAGCGAAGGUAUCUUCCUCUCUCAGUGCAAAUGUGCAUUAUCCUUGGUGGGUUGCAAGCUUGCUCCUUCUCCAAUGGAUGUUAAUUAUAAACUACGUGCCUCCGAAGGAGAGAUAUUAGCUGAUCCUUCUACUUAUCGCAGACUCAUACGAAGGCUGAUGUACCUCAAAAUAUCCAGACCAAACAUCACAUUUGCAGUCACAAAAUUAGCUCAAUUCAUGGCUGAUCCUCAUGUGCCCCAUCUCAACGCUGUACACCAUAUCCUUCGCUACCUCAAAGCAGCUCCUAGCCAAGGCAUCUUAUUCUCAACAACAAAUAAAUUCAAUCUCUCAGUCUAUGCUGAUGCGGACUGGAAAAAUUGUUUAGAUACAAGGAGAUCAACUAUUGGAUAUUGUGCUUUUCUUGGAGAUUUACUGGUUUCAUGGAAAAACAAGCAAACAGCGGUUUCAAGAAGCUCUACUAAGGCAGAAUACAAAGCCGUUGCAAAUGCAACAUGUGAAAUUGUGUGGUUGAUUGGGUUACUCAGGUUUUUGGGCAUUCACAUUGAUUCAGCUAUGCUGUUCUGUGACAACAUCUCAGCAAUCCACAUGGAAACCAAUCCUGCCUUACAUGAGUUAUCUAAAUACAUCGAAAUAGACUGUCAUUUCAUUCGGAAAAAGGUGAUAGUGAAACCAUUAAACUGGUGCACAUCCCUAGCAAGUAUCAAUUGUGUAGACAUCCUCACAAAGGCACUUCCUCCUCAAUUUCGAUUCCUUAUGACCAAACCGGGCAUAUACGACAUAUAUGCUCCACCUUGA